AGCUACCGUAAUGGCAAAGCGCACCAAGAAGGUUGGGAUCGUGGGCAAGUAUGGCACAAGGUACGGUGCCUCCCUCCGAAAAACGGUGAAGAAGAUGGAGAUCACUCAGCAUUGCAAGUACACCUGUCAGUUUUGUGGAAAGGAUGCGAUGAAGAGGAGGGCUGUGGGUAUUUGGGGAUGCAAAUCGUGUCGUAAAGUGGUGGCUGGAGGAGCGUGGGUGUACAGUACAAUGGCAGCAGUGACAGUAAGGAGUGCCGUGAGACGUCUGAGAGACAUGAAGGAAUCCUAAGCCUGAAUUAGGCCCACUGAAACUGUUAUUGUCACUUCGCCCGUUUGGAACUGUAGAACUGGUUGGAUUUCACACCCAUAUUCAUGAGUAAAGGAGAUGAGAGAAGAAAA